AAAGAAAGAGAAAAGCGAAGGGAAAAAUAAGGUCAACUGUGCAGUUGUACACUUAAAUUUACACUACCAGCACACAACACAACAUUAUAAACUAAUAGGCAAAUGAUUUCCCCUGCCCCAGCAGUGAUUUUGCUUCCCACAAUCGAACCACCCGUGUGAAAUUGCGCGUGAAGGCACCGUCGGUGAAUAACAAAGCGCCACUAAUUUGUUUUACAAAUUGCAACCCGGUUUGUAUUUGGAGCGAGCUGACUGCUCUUUUCGUCUGGGAUGGGGAGAGAGAGAAUCCGUCCGAUUGUUAUAUGAAGUCAACGGUCACGAGCGAGAGAGAGAGCCCGUGAUGCACUUUCCAGAGGAUGGCGAGGUUCGUCGUCUGCCACCGAUUCCGCCGUGUAAGGAUACUUAAUCGCGUGAAAAUUGCGCAAAGAAGACGACGCGAAAGUGUGGAUUGUUAUAAAUUAUGUCACGCAAAAAGAGGCUGGCCUUCUGGGCCUAAAAUUGGCCUGCAGUAACAUACCCCCCCAAUCCAAGGUGGAGGAGAGCAAGCUGAUAACCUUGACCUUGUGCUGAAGAUGAUCACCCCGAGAGCAUCACCCAUUGUCACAGAGAGAGAGAGAGAGAGAGAGAGGGAGAGAGCGAGAUCCUUUUUGCCCGGGUUGCACAAAUUCACCCCAGAUGCAGUUUAAUGAAUGCAUCUGCGCGGCUCUGGCUGGCCUUGAAGAGGACAUCGCACGCUAUACAAGGAGAUGGCUGGCGAGCCUCCCCGAAAUUAGCAGACAGGGCGCGUAAAAAAAAAACAAGCUGGACAUAAAUCAAGAUGGAUUUAUUCUUCUCCAGUAUCUUUCGCUUUUCGUUGUGGAGCGUUCCGAUUACUGCCGGCGGUGCGAUUCUAAGCCGUUCGUAUAAAAGGCACACGAAAUCGAAUGGUAGCAUCUCAUUUCCGAAUCCGAUUCCGGUGAAGAUAGUGCCUUGUUGUGUCCGUGCCUGAUCGUUAAGAUCCAAAAGAUCCUAAAACCGCCGCCUCAUCAUCAUGCAGAGCCUUCAGAUUGUGUUCGUGGUGCUGCUGGCCGCUGUCUCUACGAUGGCUUUCUUCACCGAGGAGCAGCACGAGAUUGCCAAAUCGCUGGCGGAACAGUGCCGUGCCGAGCUGGGCGGUGAGCUGCCGGAGGACUUUGCCACCAAGAUGCGGCUGGGCGACCUAACGCUGGACAGUGAAACGGCCAAGUGUACCAUCCAGUGUAUGUUCGCGAAGGUGGGCUUCACGCUGGAGAGUGGCGCGGCUAACCGGGACGUGCUGAUCGCCAAACUGUCCAAGGGCAAUCCCACCGCCAAGGCGGAAGCGUUCGCUGACGUGUGCGAGAACAACGAGGGCGAGACGGCGUGCGAUAAAGCGUUCAGCCUGUACCAGUGCUACCACAAGAACAAGUCGAUCUUUGACUAAGAUUCGGGUCACUGCAUCAACAUCACAUUCGCAUAACGAGAGACACACACCCGCAAACCCACACCCACACACACAUCAUUCGUUAGACUGUUUGUUGAGUAAUAAAACAAGUUGAAGAUGUUUUUUAUGCAAAGGAA